AUGACGAUCGCUUACAACCAUUUCAUGUCAUCCAUUGGACUGCUGAAGUUUUUUCGGCUGCUGCUUCGUUGUAAGGGCAGCAUUUACCGGCUAAUUUACAAGGAAGUGCUUGUUUUUAUCGUACUGUAUUAUCUGUUGGCCAUAGUUUACCGCUUCUUCCUGACCGAUUCAAUGCGAGAAACGUUCGAAGACGUAUCCGUCCUUUCCGAACAAUUCGUCACUUACAUACCGUUAACAUUCGUCCUUGGUUUCUAUGUAUCGUUGAUCAUGGGCAGAUGGUGGAACAUAUUUCAAAGUAUUGCUUGGCCAGACAGAAUAGCGGUGUACGCGUCGUGCUUCAUCAAAGGAUCGGAUGCCAGAGGAUUAUACCUGAGACGGACUUUGGUGCGGUACGUCAAUCUGGCUCAGGUGCUGUUGCUCAGGGACAUCAGUUCUCCAAUACGAGAUCGCUUUCCUACAAUGAAGCACCUUGUUGAAGCGGGGUAUCUGUCGGAAGAGGAACGAAUGAUAUACGAAAAGGUGCAUACGCGAAUGCACAAAUUCUGGAUACCGUGGCAAUGGGCUUGCUCGCUCGUAACUCUGUGUCGAAAGGAAAACCGCAUCGAACACGAUUUGAUAGCUACAUACAUGGUUAAAGAAAUUAUUGCCUUCCGUGACAAACUAGCGGCGCUAGAGGCAUACGACUGGGUCAGCGUGCCCCUGGCAUACACUCAGGUGGUUACAAUUGCCGUCUACAGCUACUAUUUGGCUUGUCUGUUGAGUGCGCAGUUCAUAAAUCCGAAUCGAAACGAAGAAUUGGACGAAGUGUAUGUUAGACGACACAUCUACUUUCCGCUUUUGACCAUCCUGCGAAUCGUGUUCUACAUGGGAUGGCUGAAAGUAGCAGAAACUACCAUAAAUCCGUUGGGAAACGAUGACGAUGACUUUGACACGAACGAAAUAAUCGACAGGAAUAUCAAGGUGCGCUAUGACACAAAAUCAAAUAUUGAGGUUACGUGA